UUUAAUAUUAUAAGAAGAACAGCAUCUCUCUUAUUGAAAAAACAUUAGGAACAUCUAAAGUUUUUUAAGAAAAUUCUAACACCAUAAAAAAUAGCCAAACAUUUAAUAAUGAAUAAAUUAUUUAUUUUAAGUUCUGUUUUAGUAAUUACUAUUGCUAAAUCUGCAUAGGUUAAUUCAGAUAGUUAUAUGAAAUGUCUUACAAAUUCAUGCAGCUCCUAUAUAAAUAAUGACUAAUCUCAUUCAUUCUUCUAAUGCACAAAUAGUCUUGGAAAUUGUAUGAUUAGUUAGGUAUUUUCUACAACUUAUAGCUAAGAUUUUAAUUCUAAUGAUGAAUCUGCCUGUAUUAAUACAUGCACUGGAAUUUCUUCAUAAGUUAAUCCUUAAUAUUAACAGUUCUACAAUGAUUUGAGCUCUUGCACUCUUUCUUGUAUAGAAAAGGCAAAGAAUGACAACGAUACAAGCAUAAGCUUCAAUGUUCCUAUUUUCGUUAUUGUAAUAGGAAUUAUAUUUGUUAUUAUUAUUUGCUAUAUAGUAUAUUAUUUCUUCAACAGAAAGGGAUAAAGCUAAGAUAAAUUUGAUUGGUAAAUUUAACAAGAAAAUAAUGCAAGAAAUGAAUAAUAGUUUAUUAUAACUCCAAACCCUCUUCCUUACUUACAAGAAUAUGAAAUCUAUAAAUCAAAAACUCAUCCAUCAUAGUUAAAAGCUAGAGUUAUGAGUGACCAAGAAGUUAAAGAAUUAUAUGAAAAAGCCUAUAAAAAACACUAUGGAGAUGAAAUGGGCAUACAAGGAACUAUUUAAUAUGCUAUUCCAAUUUAUGCUUUCCCUCCAGUUAAAGAGUGUAACGAACUGAUUAUUUAAGAAGCUUAAAUCGAAAUACCUGAAUAAAAUGAUCAAGUUGUUAUCAAUAUUGAAGCUUUAUAAUCCUAAAAGGUAUAAAUAAAGCAAAAGAAGAUUGAACAUAAUCCUCAAGAAAAUAAGGAUAUGUGCGUUAUUAAUUUGCAGUCUACAAAAAGCUAAUUUAGAGAUGAAGAAAAAUUACCUAGCUAAGAAAUUAAAAUGUAGAAAGCUUAGUCAUAGAAAUUUGAAUAAAAAAAAUGUAUUUCAGUGCGUAAACAAUCUGCUAAUUAUUCUAGAGUAAACAAAAAUUAAAACUAAAUCUAAUAAAAUUUGAGAAGACUAACAUUCGUAUGA